AUGAAAUUUUUUAAAAAAAUUAAUUUACCUCUUUUUACUUUUUUAAAUGUGGCUAGUAGAAAAUUUUAAAUCCUAUAUGUAGCUUGCAUUAUAUUUCUUUUGGACAGUACUGUUCUGGAAGCAGGAUGGCCUGAAGACAGAGCAGAGAUAUUGGACUCAAGAUUCCCAGCACCUUAAAUGACCUUGGGCUAACCUCUUAACAUUCCAGAGCCUGCUCCCUCACCUGUAUAGAUCGAGAAGUGGCACACAGUAGGUCCUGUAGUCAUAGGUAGCACUGUUGGAGCAUGUCCUCUGUGCUCACACUCAAGGCAGGAGACCCCUCUUGCCCUUACCCUCACCCCAUUACUCCAGCCUGGGACACUCUGCCCCCACUCCAGCCCCCAUCUUCUGUGACCCCUCCUCCCUGCCCCCAGGAAGCCUCCCUGAGUGCCCACUCACACUUACCUUCAUCUAUUCCUAGAAACCGAAGAGAGGAAGCCAGGCACCUGGGACCCUCUGACCUUGAGUCCCAGCACCCACAGGCCAGUCCCCCUAGCCCACAGGGCAGACACCUGUGUGGAGGAGCCGCGAGGAUGGCACACCUGCUGGGCAGCCAGGCUUGCAUGGACAGCCUGCGCAAGGACCUCACUGACCUGCAGGGCGCCAUCGUGGAUGUGUUCUCCCGUGCCGGGCCUGUGCGCUUCCCCUCCUGGAAGUUCCCUGACCGCGUGGCCUGUGACCUGGACAUGGUGGCCCUGCUAGAGCACUAUGACCAUGUGCCAGGUGACCCUGAGUUCACGCAAUUGUCCCAUGCUGUUCUGCUGGAGCUCGUCAUCGACAGGCUCCUGCUGCUGCUUCAGAGCUGCGCGAGCUACUUGGAGAACCUUGGUUCAGAGCAGACUGUGCCCCCCACCCGCACUGUGGGGCCCUGCAUGUCCGUGGGGCUCACGGUGCGGUGCUUCUGGAAUAGCCUGCUGAGCCUGGACCUGCUCCACCGGCAGGCGGACCCCCAGAAAAAGGCAAACCAAGGGGAGACCCCCACCUCCGAGCCCACAGCCAAGGGCAAACCAGCCAGGAGCCUUCAAUUUGUGACUGCCAAGUUCAUCAAGCCCUCCUCCUCAAUGCCAGACUUGCCCCAGACUUGCCAAGAGCCGGACAGCCUCCCCAUCAGAGACUCCCUGCAGUGUCCAGCGAGGGCCACCGAGCACACCAGGAGCAUCUAUUCCCAAACUGUGGAGACAGCCCUGGUGCCCUGCGAUGCAUGCACCAGCGUCCAGGGCAGCCUGCGGGAGGUGGGCAAGAUGGUCAUCCACCUGUGUCAGAGCCAGAACUUGCCCUCGUCCCUAGGCCAGUUCCAGCAUCUGGUGCAGGACAGCAUGGGGCUCAGGCCACUUCCGGCCGCCACUGUGGGCCACUGGGCAGCAGAGCAGAGCAAAGACCUGACACGCCUCAGUGAGCACGUGGGGGCCCUCACUCAGCUCAUCGGGCCCCUCAGGGCCCAGCUGGAGGAGGCUGAGGGACGGAAGGAUGGACUGAAGAAGCAGGUGGGCGAGCUGGAGCAGGCUUUGCAGCAGGAGCAGGGGCAGCGGCGGCAGCAAGCAGACGAGGCUGCACAGCGCCUGGCCAAGUGGGAGUGUGAGAGGCAGCAACUGCUCGCAGAAACAAGUGACCUCAAAACCAAGGUGACCACCCUCGAGGGGGAGCUGAAGCAGCAACAGGAGUCCACGCAAGCCAUGGAGGUGAAGGCCCAGCAGCUGCGAGAGGAGGCCGAGCACAGGAUGGCGGCCGAGGCGCAGGUGCAGCAGCUGGAGGAGCAGGUGCAGCUGCUGGCGGGGCGGCUGGAUGGGGCGAGCCAGCAGAUCCGCUGGGCCAGCACAGAGCUGGACAAGGAGAAGGCUCGCGUCGACAGCAUGGCCCGCCACCAGGAGUCCCUGCAGGCCAAACACCGAGCCCUGCUGCAGCAGCUGGGCAGCCUGGACCAGGAGCGCGAGGAGCUGCGGGGUAGCCUGGAUGAGGCCGAGGCUCGGCAGGCCCAUGUGGAGGAGCAGCUGCAGAGAGCGCAGCAGGAGAGGGAGCAGGGGCAGUGCCAGCUCCUGGCCCAGCAGGAGGUGCUGCAGAGCCUGCAGCAGGAGAAGCAGGGCCUGGAGCAGGCAACGACAGACCUGCGGCUGACCAUCGCAGAGCUGGAGCAGGAGCUCGUGGAGCAGACGGAGCGGGAGCGGCUGCUGGUGGCCUUUCCAGACCUGCACAAGCCCGUCGAGGCCCAGAUCCAAAUGCGUCCCGCAACCACACCAUGGGGCCAGUGCCAGGAGAACAGCCCCAGCUGUCCAGGGUCCUGCACGCCCAUGGCACAGAAGUGCUAGGAUUCAUCUCAGCAGAGGAUUGGAUGCCAGGCAACCUGGGUCUCACCCCUCCACCCUCUAACACUUUGGGGGACAAAUCAAGAGUUGUCAGGAGAGCCACUGACAACUGGUCACAAUAAGUCCUCAGUCUGAGCGCUAUGUACCAGGCCCUUCUGUACCUUCUCAACUGCCCCACGAGGCAGCUAACAGCCCCUUUUUACAAACCAGAAAACAUAACCAGAGCAAGCAGCUAUAUGACGAGGUUAUAGUCAGAAGGAAGCAUGUAUUCCCCAAACAGUGGGAAAGGACAUCCUUGCUGAAUUCCGGUAACUCAUCCCCAAGAACCAGUUGUGUGAGUUUGGACAACUCACUGCUUCUCUUGACCUCCAAAUACAGGCAGACUCGGGAGAAAUCUUUCUUGCCUAGUUGCUAAGUCUCCAGUGAGCUGUAGUUCCUACUCAGCUCUCAAAUUCUAUAAUGCUGUGGUCACCU